GUGAGUAGCAUUUUGAUAGGAAACUGCACUUUCAAUUCAGGAACUCAACAAGUAGGAAGGGGAGGUACAUUUGAAAUGGCGUCCACAAGUCUAUCAUGGAAUUCUUCUUCAUGGCUUCCCAAUCGUUGCUUAACGAAAAACAUGAACUCUGAUACGACAAAAUUGACGAACAGAACCCCAGUCUUAACGGUCGUGGCUCAAAAGAAAGCCAAGAAAGUAAGAAAGAUAAUAUUAAAGGAUGAUGUGGCAGAAUUGGGGAAAAAGGGACAGCUGAUUGAUGUGAAAGCAGGUUAUCUUAGAAAUUUUCUGCUGCCAAUGGGCAUGGCACAAAUCGUGACACCCGAGCUUCUGAAGGAAAUGAAAAUGGAAGAGGAGAGAAUUGAGGCUGAGAAGAAACGGGUAAAAGAAGAGGCACAACAGCUUGCUCUAAUUUUUGAAACUGUUGGAGCUUUCAAGGUGAAGCGCAAGGGUGGGAAAGGAAAACAAAUUUUUGGAAGUGUCACUGCACAAGAUCUUGUUGACAUUAUAAAGGCGCAGCUUCAGAGGGAUGUGGACAAAAGAAUUGUCUCUCUUCCAGAGAUUCGAGAAACAGGAGAAUAUGUUGCAGAGCUAAAGCUCCAUCCCGAUGUUACAGCUCGAGUGAGGCUGACUGUGUUUGCUAAUUAAGGGCCGACACUUACUGGAGCAACUCUCACCAGGCCCUAAAUUUAAUUUUCAUGGUGGUAAUUCAUAUUAUUAUUUUGAAAAAGAAAUGGAACAUUUAGGACCAUGGUCAGUCUGCAUACAUAAUGAAGGAUGUUUUAUUCUAGAUUUCAACAUUUUGCACUUCCUUUUACUUGUAUUUAUUUCCUGUACAUUCCCCAGGAUGAGCAAAAAUGAAAAGGGAAUGGGUUUCCUGAAUAUUUACUGGUCUUCAUUUUUAUAAUACU